AGAAGAGAACUUGGGCAAAGGAACCCACAAGCCCACCUGGGAAGUCAGCCAAGGCUUUGUGGAGGGAGUGGCUAGAGAACAUCCCAGUGAUACAGGGGGCAGGGCAGUCCCCGGUAGGCACCGGCAUAUUAAAAAUAGGAGGGUUUGUAAGAGUUAUAAAUAAUUCAGUACAGCUUGAGAGGGAAAAUGGUAAGAAAUAAGAUCCCAUAGUAAACUCAUGCUAAGGAAUUUUUAUUUUGUCCUGUAGCGUAUCACAACCUUGAAGAAUUUUAAACUCAGGAGUGGCCCCGUUUUUGUACCUGAAAAUUAUUCUGGGGCCACUGAAAGGAAGCCAAACUGGGAGCAUGCAGGGAAGCCCCUGAAAGGGUUACUAUAAGUCGGAAUCCACCGGACGGCAGCGGGUUUGGCUUCUUUGGUUAAUUGACUUUGAAAGGAGCCCUGGUAGUACAACGGUUAAGUGCUUGGUUGCCAACCUUAAGGUCCAUGGUUCAAACCCACCAGCCUCUCCAAGGGAGAAAAAACCUGGAGAUCUGUUCCCCAAAAGAUUUCAGCCUAGGAAACUCUAUGGGGCAAUUCUACUCUGUUAUACAGGGUCACUAUGAGUUGGAAUCAACAGCACUCAACAACUGACUUCGAAACUGAAAGUAAAAAUGGCAGUACCUCCAUGAUUCUCUAUUGGAAUUCUCUCAUAUUGCCUAAUUUAUCAAUACCAUUCUUUUAAAUAGAUUUAGAGUACCAGAAAAAUGUUAUUUUUCUGAUAAUACCUGUGGAUAACAUGAUCCGCACCAUAUACUAUACAUCCUUUCUGUAGCGUUAAAUAGAAAAGUCAGAAAUGUAAACGUCCAACAACACAGGAGUAUUUCUAGUGCAUCAAUCGCAGGCCAUUACACAACUACUGAAGUUUCUGAUUCUAGUAUAGGAAAGGAAACCCUGGUGGUGCACUGGUUAAGUGCCACGGCUGCUAACUAAAAGGUCGGCAGUUCGAAUCCACCAGGCACUCCUUGAAAACUCUAUGGGGCAGUUAAAUGAGAAAUCAUAAUCCAAUAUCCUGUGUGUUCCUUGCUUGGACAAAAACUAGAAGGGAACAGCAGCAAAGGUGACACACGUAUCUGAAUGAGCUGCACUCACUAUGGACCAGAGCACUGGCAUAAAAGCACUACAAGUGUGGCUUACACCUCAGCGUUCUCACUUGUAACACCAACAAGUCAGCAGACUUACAGCCGCUGGCACCAGCCUGGAAGAGUUGUGACUCUUGUUGAAGAUCCUGGGGGGUGUGUAUGGGGUGUUGCUUACAAACUGCCAGUAGGAAAGGAAGAAGAAGUAAAGUCGUACCUUGACUUCAGAGAGAAGGGAGGCUACAGGACUGAAACAGUCAUUUUUUAUCCGAAAGCCCCCACAACGAAACCAUUCAGUGUGUUGUUAUAUAUCGGAACGUGUGAUAAUCCUGACUAUCUUGGUCCCGCACCUCUGGAAGACAUUGCUGAGCAAAUUUUUAAUGCAGCUGGCCCAAGUGGAAGAAAUACGGAGUAUCUUUUCGAACUUGCAAAUUCUGUCAGGAGCCUUGUGCCAGAAGAUGCGGACGAGCAUCUUUUCUCUUUGGAAAAAUUAGUAAAAGAACGUUUGGAAGGAAAACAGAACUUCAACUGCAAUAUGAAGACCUGAUCAUUGGCUUCUCCAAACAAGCAGAGCUAUUCGUCUCAGGGAAUAGCUUCACUGCACAAUGGCAGUAUGACUGGAAAACGUGUCUACUUGAAGGUCUUAUUUAUCUUUCUGUUGUAUUCAGAUUGCAGGUGUCGUAAAACACAUACGAAGUCAAAGACUGGGAUAUCGCUAAGGAAAAACAUUCAGGUUUUAAUAACAUACAUGAUCUAACUACAUGAUAAGGAAUUGUUGCUCACUGGAAGUGAGUUCUUUAAAAAAUACAGUGAAAGGUUCAGAUUGGUUCUGGUUUUUAUCAGAGAAAAUCAUUCUGUUGUUUCGUAUCACAGUACUGUUUCAAAGUUGUAAAGAAUUAAUCGAAAAGUCAGGUAAACAUAAUAAGGUUAUGCCUUCAGUAUAAUCCCAUACAAUGUUUCUGUAGCUGGGGCUUAAAAUACAAAAACGUAAAAUAAUGUCUGAUUAGAAAUGUACAGUAAUAUAGAUGAGACUUCAGCCUUGAAUGUGAAUGUCCUUGUUAUUCACGUAUUAAAUGGGAUUUUCAAAUGUAAGCCAAAAAAAAUUGGCAUUUUUAGUAUAAAGGUGUCCUCAGAAUUAUAAUGUACAUAUCUCUCCUUUCUAAAUAAAUACGUUUUAAUUACUACAUGGAAAAAACUCAUUAUGCCUAAAAGAGCACAAAUUACAUUAUAUAAACCACAUCCGCUAGUAAUGUAGUCUGUCAUUCACUUUGUAUUAAUCUUAUACAGAAACUGGAAGACAAGGAGGGGGGCAUUUCUGAGAUUACAAAUUAACAGAAACAUACAUAUAAGAAAGUUGAGCUUUUUAAACAGCUUUUGGAAUUGUUAAUUUUUUUAAAGAAAGAAAUGGUAUUAUCCGAUCAUAUGCUACAUAGGAGCUUCCCCCGGCACCCCUCCACCACCUGGUAUCUGACCACUUAAAGGUAUCAGCUGAAAAGUGUUUAUGUUGCUAUUCAAGUAGGAAACAAACACGAAUUAUUAACUCACGUGGAAUUAGCCUUGAUUCACACUAAUCAGAUUAUUCCUGAUUACAGGUGAUUCCUUUCUCAGUAGAAUGUACAGUCUCUCCAAAAUCUUUCAACAUGAAAAUUUUAGUAUCACAUUAAACUUAAUACAAAAUUUACUAAAAACUCCUCAAACCCAGGCAUGGCUAAUAAUUAGUACAGACGUUUUGCACAUAAAACAAAGCUGUCCUAGAAACUCUAUGGGGCAGUUCUACUCUGUUCUGUAGGGUCGCUAUGAGUCGAAAUCGACUCAACGGCAGUGGGUGCGUGGGUCCUAGAUAACAGGAACAAGUCCUAUCAUGUUUUUCUAUUUAUUAACACCUUACUUGGUAAAUUAGUCGGCUACGUAACUAUAUAUGGUCCAACAUUUUAAAUACAAGUUUCCCAGAAGGCGUUUCACUUGUCCUGUAUAACAGGAGGAGCCCUGGCGACACAGUGGUUAAGAGCUCAGCUGCUAACCAAAAGGUCGGCAGUUCGACUCCUCCAGCUGCUCCUUGGAAACCCUAUGGGGCAGUUCUACUCUGUCCUGUAGGGUCGCCAUGAGUCGGAAUUAACUCGACAACAAUGGGUUUGGUAGAACAGGAAGGGAAAUAACACUUAUUGAUGAGUAUCGCAUAAGAAUGUGCCAGGCAUUUUAGACACAGAGGCAAACGUUCCCAUUUUCUGCAUAACUCCUCUGACCUCGUGGCAGUAAGCAGCACGGUUACACCUCUUGUAAGUGGCAGAAGUCUAGGCCUCUGACUCUAAAGCAUAAGAUCUUUCUACCAAGUUAUUAAAAACUCAUCUUUUUCACUACCUUGCAUCUUUUGUCAGGAGGUAAGAUUAACUUUUUUUUGUAUAAUGAAAUAGUGUGUAAUGUGUUACAUGAAGGUGUUAGAAUUUUGACAGAUGUAUAUACAGUCCCACAAAUACAACGAGCUUAUCCAAGAUUCACAUUCUGCGUAUACCUGAGAAUCGUGUAGAUCAGAGAAUCAGCCCUUCGUUUUUCACACAAAACCCAGGUCCACAGGAGUUUGUGACUCCCCAAAGUGAUUCUUCUACCAUUUAAUAUAUAAUUAGGUUGCAAAAUAUGAAGAGGGAGGGCUCAUAGUGGGGUCCACAUUUGUAAGUCUUUCUAGGCCUUCAGUUGGAAGGUACAUGAGUUAACGUGGUAUGCUAUCCAUGGAGCCCUCGUGGCACAGUGGUUAAGCGCUCGGCUGCAGUUCAAAUCCACCAGCCACUCCUUGGAAAUCCUAUGGAGCAGUUCUACUCUGUCCUAUAGGGUCGCUGUGAGUCAGAAUCAACUGGACAGCAAUGGGUUUGGGUUUUUUUGUUUAUACCAUCCAUACUAAUGGGAAGACCAUGUUCCAAAGAGCCUAAGGGCAGAGAUAGAUUGGUUUUCAUUAAGAAGAAGAGAAACCUGACUAAAAUGAAGAGGUCAAACAGUACUGGGUUAGAGAGAAGCAGAGGUUUGAAGCCUCCAAGGAUCAUAACUCUGGUACGAAGUUACCUAAAACUUCGUUUCCUUAGCAGAAUUGCAAAUCUCUUUACACCCUCAGAUCUCACUUUCAAAAUAUUUUGUCUCAUUU